UAAAAAUGUACUAUAUGCAAGUAUAAAAAGAACAGAGAGAAAAUCACCCGCCAAUAUUCGCAUUUCGGAGUGCAAAGAAUCUUGGGUCCCCAACCAUGGCGACUCGGCGGCGGAUAUUCAAGAAGUACCUGAUCGCCGUGACCGGCUUAUCUGGCGCCGCAGUUACCUUUCAAACCCUAAACCUUAACUCUCUCCCAUUUUCCACAGAUUCGCCGUUCAUCAACGGCGUCAUUCGCUCCUCCCGAGCUCUCCUCACGAUUACUUCCAGUGUGGUUGACUACAAGUACUCUUUGUACGGCUUCAAUCCUGAUAGUGAUGAGUAUCGUCUUGCUCUUUCUAAGGUACAUCUAAGGUCAGCAAAGAGAAUUUUGACAAUGUGUGACGCCAAUAAAGGUAGUUAUGUCAAAGCCGGUCAGUUUGUUGCAGCCAUUAGGCAAGUGCCUAAAGAAUACUCAACAUCACUUUCAUCAUUACAGGAUCAGGCUGUUCCUUGUCAGUUUGAAGCCAUUAAAGAAGUGCUACUCAGAAAUCUGGGUCCAAAUUUUUCAGAUAUAUUUUUCUCCUUUGAUGAGCAACCGGUUGCUGCUGCCUCUAUUGCUCAAGUACACCAUGCUGUUUUAAAAGACCACCAAGAAGUGGCAGUGAAGGUGCAGUACCCUGGAUUGGAGUAUCAAAUGAAAUUUGACCUUGCAACCAUGUCUUUCCUGUCGAAAUCUGUUGGAUUGCUCUUCCCUGAAUACAGGUUUCAGUGGCUUGUAUCGGAAUUUGAAAAAUCUAUUGCUUCUGAACUUGGUGCGUAAUUUCAAUUCCAAGAAUUGUUUUGAAACAUCUGUUUGGAUCUCUUCUCUGUUUUAUUUUGUCCUUACUCUGCUGUAGGAGGUCUAUAGUUCCCUAUCACAGCUAGAAUUUUAUUUUCCAAAAUUUUGGUAAUUUUUCUUUGGGCGAGAGGUGCUAAAAUCAAUUAAAAUAGACAACCACUCUUUUCUAGUUUCCUCUUCUUGUUCCCCAUCCUUGUGGCAUUUUCUUGAGAUCUUUGGUUGUAGGAAUAGAAAAAAAUUAGGAAUGGGCACAUAUGUGAUGAUUAAAUUGUCAGCAAUAAGGUUGACGAAUGGAAGAUCUAAGUGUCAUAAGCAACAGUCUAUGGGCAGUGAGUAGUAACUUCUGAGGUUGAAAGGUGAAACUAAUUCUUGAAAAUCUAUUGAAAUUGUUGAGCAGUUGCCUAUACUUUCAUGGUUUUCUUGGCAAUCCCGUUGGAACAACAAUAUCAGUAUUUUGCUAAGCUUGAAUUAAGUCCCUUAUUAUUGAUUCUUCCAAAAUGAACCUAGACCUGCAUCUUAGAAUUGUAGAUGUUCCAUAAAUACAUAGCAGUAGUAGGAUUCUUUUUAUUGAUUCUUUCCUUAUUUAGAUUCAAUAUGCAUGUAUGUAUAUCUUAGUAUUUCUUGGAAUAAUAUACAAGGGAAUUCUCUCAAAUCCCUUGCUUUUUACAUGGUAUCAAAGCGGGAUCUUUUGCUUCGUCGAAGUUAGUCAGAAACAUCACCGGGGGUUGACGUGGUCAGCAGUGGCGAAGCCAGAAAAUUUAAUAAGGAUGUUCAACAUUAAAUACCCUUUGCUAGUGGCCUAUGCACAUAAAGCAACAUCAAAUUAAAUAUGAAUAGCGGUGUAUCUGAGGGAGACAGGUGGUGGAAUGGAGAGGUGCAAGGAAAAGUGGAAACCAAGAAAGCGGCGUAUCUGAAGCUAGUGGAAAGUGUAGACGAGGAGGAGAAGAGGGCGAAUAG